AAAAUUGCUAAUAUUUGAGGAGGGUUCAGUUCUCGAUCUCUGCUUCGAUUAGUUGCCAUCGAGAAUGUCAGCCUCGUUUUCGUCGUCAACCUUGGCCGCUCCCGCUUCUUCUCCGAAGUUCGGCAAAUGGCCCGGAUCGGCACGAUCUCCUUCGAAUCGUCUGGUCCACUUCCGGCGAUCGUUUCCAACAAUCCUUGCAUCAGCCGGAAAUGCCUCUUCUUCUAUUGGCACUGGAACGAAAACUGAAAUGGAUGCUGUGUCUAGCUUUAGUGAGAUAGUUCCGGAUACAGUGGUUUUUGAUGAUUUUGAGAAGUUUCCUCCCACGGCCGCUACUGUUAGCUCUUCGCUCCUUUUAGGAAUUUGCAGCCUUCCAGACACCAGGUUCAAGAGUGCUGUAGAGAUUGCAUUGGCGAACAGCGAAUGUUACGAACAAGAGGAACCUAGUGACCGGAUGACCUGCUUCUUUAACAAGGCUCUAGUGAAUGUUGGUGCUGACUUGGCCGGAUUAGUCCCAGGUCGGGUGUCAACAGAAGUGGAUGCUCGUCUUGCUUAUGACACACGAGGCAUCAUUCAUAAGGUGCAUGAGCUGUUGCGGUUAUAUAAUGAGGCAGGGGUUUCUUCAGAGCGCCUCCUAUUCAAAAUUCCCGCGACCUGGCAAGGAAUUGAAGCUUCGAGGUUGCUUGAAGCUGAAGGAAUACAAACGCAUUUGACUUUUGUUUAUAGUUUCAUGAUUUUACAGGUAAUCAAAACAUACAACUAUAUCCACAAAUACGGAUACAAGUCGAAGCUGAUGGCUGCAGCAAUUCGCAAUAAGCAGGACUUAUUUGGCAUUCUUGGGGUUGAUUAUAUCAUUGCACCACUGAAGAUAUUACAAUCCCUAAAAGAAUCUGUCACAUUUCCUGAUGAGAAGUACUCCUACAUAAGGAGGCUAAGUCCAAGCUCUGCGAAAGAGUAUGAUUUCACCGACAAAGAGCUUCUGAAAUGGGAUCAAAGGAGCUUUGCUUCAGCAAUGGGACCCUGUGCCGAAGAACUUCUAGCUUCUGGACUUGAUGGUUAUGUUAAUCAAACUAGGCGUGUGGAAGAAUUAUUUGGGAAGAUCUGGCCGCUACCAUGUGUCUGAAGCCUGAGAAAAUAUUUCGUCCGGAUAACCAUCCACCGCAUGUCCGGACGGCCAACCACCGGGCGCCACAUCGUCAUACAUGUCAUUGGCGGGCGAAAUAAUAUCUAUUUGUGCUACUCAUACCUGAAGUCUUAUAGUUUAAUAGUGUGGCAAGAGCUUCAUUAUUCUCGUCUCCGGAAACAUGAAAACCUACUCUUUCUGCUAUAAAUGAGUGCAGUUGAGCUUCGUACUGUAUUGUUUAACUAUGCUAAUUUAAUUUGUUAUUGAGUUUGAGCUGAAUUUGAAUA